AACCCUAAAUUUCACUCGUCAUCCUCAAUCUCUCUCCACACUAAACUCCGACAACCUGUCAGAAAACCUUACUUCUCAUCGACACCCAUAUCGAAAUACCCAAUUGCAGCCUUUCUAUCACCGCCGCCGGAAAAAAUCUCCAAGUACUUUAUGGAGAAAUUCGUGCUUGAGCCCGUUCGAGAAAGCGUGGUUCUCGAGGAAAUCGAUUCGCAGUCGGAGCAAAGUCGCGAAAAGGAAGAAGAAGAAGAUGAGGAAGAAAUUAUUUGUGUGAAACUAUUGCAGCAAAAUCCGGAAAGCAUCGAGGCUUUGAAAAUGGUGGUGAAUAUGAAGAUGAAGAAGGGGAAACCCGGUGAGUCCAUGGAGUAUGUGGAGAAACUGAUCGACCUGCAGCCUAAUGAGAUG